AAGGUUGUGGAUGUACGUGAAGUUAGCGGCCUAGCGGCGUGAAGUAAGCGGCUUAGCGGUCUAGCGGCGUGAAGUAAGCGGCCUAGCGGCGUGAAGUUGGCGGUUAUGCCAAACAGACCGAACUCCGGAUUCAACGGUAUGAAGAUAUCAUGUGUUUGUACAUGCCUAAUUUUAUUAGGUUUGAUGGGAGGGCUAGAAGCCUUUCCCACGUCCAUAAACUCCACCUCGUACAUUGAGGAAUUAGACAGCAGGGGAAGGAUGGAGACGCUAUCAGCCAGCACGGGGAAAGCAGAGACGCUAAGUUCGAGCUCGGGAUUUAAUGAGACGCGGUCUACAAAGACGGGAUCGGAACCGAAGCUAUCUAUGAGCGAGGGGAUUCAUAAGGCGCUACCAACUAGAGCUGGACCUAACAAGAUAUGCAUGAAUGUCGGGGAAGCGUUCAAGUUCUACAAUGGGACUGUGAAUGUGACCAUAACGGGGCGCCCGUGUCAGAAUUGGAUUUUGAAUGUUCCACAUGCACAUGAGUACCAUGGUGACGCGAAUUUUCCCGCCAACGAAUCGGAACUUGCGGCGGCAAACUUUUGACGGGACCCAAGCGACAGUGGCUACCUGUGGUGUUAUACGCUUAGCGGUAAAUGGGGAUAUUGCGAUGCUCCGCCCUGUAACGAGACGUCACCAUCAAGUGUGUCACCAAAUACGUUGUCAUCGACUUCAACUGCCUCUUCAACUAUGUCAACUACCUCUUCAACGACGUUAACUGCGUCCUCAAAUGCGUCUUUAACCUCUACGAUAUUGACAGGUUACAUAGACGUAUCAUCAAUGAUCCUACCAUCACAGACAUCAGUGGUUGGAGUCACACCAUCCACCACGUCAUCGAGUGUAUCAACCUUUUCAUCAAGUUUGUCCCAAACUACGUUGUCAUCGACGUCAACUACCCCAUCAACUACGUCUUCCAACUGUGCGUCUGGAUCGGGUGUUUGUGUGACGCAUACAGAUGGUCUUGGCUCGAUUGCGCCAGCAAGCCGCCCUUCUAUGUCGCUGGUGGUAGCUGCUCUGCUUCCCCUGCUUGUGGCGCUGAUCGGAGGGUAGCAAAUCCGAUGACCAUCACCAAUCGGAUCCCGAUCGGCUUUGUUUUACCGGAGAUGGCCGCCAUGUAAAGAUUUGAUUAAUUUUGACUGCUUGACUCGCAACAUUAUCAAUGUGACAGACAUGGUGGCAACAUUAAUUAUCAAUGUGACAGACAUGGUGGCAACAUUAUCAAUGUGACAGACAUGGUGGCAACAUUAUCAAUGUGACAGACAUGGUGGUAACAUUAUCAA